AUGCUCAAGUUCUUGACGAUAUGUGGGGAGCUUGGCAGCAUCUUGUUCACCGUGGUCAUUUGCGUUUUCCGAUACGAAAAGGUGAGAAACGCGACGGAACGGGUGAACUUGCCGAUUUUCCUGGACAACAUAACAUCGGCGGUGUUUGUGAGUGCUUUCUGCUUUGCUUUAUCUUUGAUUUUAGGCACACCCAUUUUUGUGAUAGACGUGGACAUGCCGGAACUUGGCAUCGCUUUGGCUGCGUGCGUAAAACAUAUCACCAACGACCUGGCUGCACGUCCACAUCCUUUUCGACUUGGGACCAGAGGCGAUCGAGAAGAAUCCUGCAACUUUUCCCCCACCUCAACUUGGGUCUUACAUGAAGCCCGGACAGCAGCGAUGCCUACAUCAGACUCCACAGAGGACGGCGACAUGAACUCAUCCUACAACUUUUUCACAAAUAUUGCAUUAUCUUCAUGCAACACCGAGAGUGCAAGCUGGGCCGCUUCCAUGGCGACCACAGGCUGCAGCAAAGCCCGUUCAUCUCCAGUGGAGGCGUGUCCGGCCAAACAUUUACCAACGUCGCCAUCGGACGACUGGGCCGAAACGAGCCCCUCCACUUCGCACAUAGCAUCUGCCGCCGACUCCCUGCCUUGCACCAAACCAAAAAGUUUCAGCAAAACCAUCGCUGCUGCUCCGCCUACGGUUUUCGGAGACCCUAACGGACCAGACUAUCCCAAUCAAUUAACAUUUAAAGGUGUCACAGUCUCUUUGGAAAGCGGAAGAAUCUGGAAUGAGUUUCACCGAUGCGGAACUGAAAUGAUUUUGACCAAACCGGGCAGGCACAUGUUCCCGUAUUGCCGCUAUCGCAUUUCAGGUUUGGACCCCGAGAGGAAGUACAGCAUGAUUUUGUCUAUCCCCCCGGCGGACACUUACAAGUACAAGUGGUGUGGGACUCACUGGGAAGGUUCCGGAAUUGCGGAUCAUUUGUCGCAGGGGUUAACCCGGGCGUAUUCACAUCACUACUCGCCAAACACGGGCGCAGAGUGGAUGCGAGUGUUGGUGUCUUUUAAAAAGCUCAAAGUGACCAACAACAGCUACGACCAAGAAGGGCAUAUCAUUUUACACUCCUUGCACAGAUACAUUCCCCGACUGCACAUCGUCCCAUUCACGGGCGCGGACCAGCCUGCGGUGCAAGGGCCAGACAGCUUAACGUUCAUUUUCCCGCAGACAGAGUUCAUGACGGUUACCACGUAUCAGAACAUCAGGAUGACACAGAUGAAAAUUCGCUACAACCCGUUCGCAAAGGGGUUCCGGGAUGAGGGACUGACCCCACGGCCCCAGAUGAUUGCAGCCAACAUCGGGUUUGUGAGCGUAGAGAUGACCGGGGCCAUUGCGACGGCGCAGGUUAAUGUCCAGCCGCCGCGGAUAGAAGCGCCGUUCGUUCAUAAACCACCGCUGCCGCCGCCCCAACAAGCCAAAGCGGUCAUCUUGAAGCCGAUAAUGUCUCCUUUCUCCGGCAAAGCAAAUGCGUACACAAACUGUCGCGGCAAGCACCAGCUGGGAAACCUGGUCCUGACCCCGGGACAAGCGGCGCCCAAGGAAGACCCGAUCCCCACCGUCGACCUGACUUCUCCUGUGAAACUGCCCGUCGCUGCCAGCCCCAAAGCCAAGUUCAGGCCCUCUACCACCCCCAAAAUACUGUCCAAGUACAAGAAGAAGUUCAAGAAGAAGAAGUUUAAGAGUUGGGCCAGUUCGCAGAAGUACAGUUGGAGAAGAGGGUGCGAUCCCACUCCAGCAGAGCCCAGCCACCCCCCCGCGGUCACCUUGCAUCCGGAUCUGGACGACGUGGAGGGCCUGCUGUUUGUGUCGUUUACAUCCAAGACCGCUCUCAGCAGCCACCGGGUGAAAACAGCAGCAGACUCUUCAACACAAAGUCCAGCUCCUUUCAGUCAGAACGCGUCGGGGAGCGAGAGGGCCAAGAUAAUCGGUUACGAAUCCCAAUUGCUUCAGGAGUUACGAUAUUUCAAACACAGACAAAUCAUCCACCCAGUCCUGCGGCAAGUGGGUUUAAAGUUGAACUCGUUGGACCGUGCUCAGCUGGUUGACCUGCAGUAUCUGGGCGUUCCGCUGCCUCUCCCUCCCAAAAUCACCUUCAUCGUGACCGAAGAGAUGGGACUGCCAUUCAUCUCCAGAACAGGCAAGACCAGCGACAUCACUCAGAUCAAGGGCUGGAGGAACAAAUUUGUGGCCAAAGAUAAAUUGAGUGACGCCAAUCGCACGGAUGGCUCUGCGCCGAAGAACCUGUCCGCCUUCUGUAGCAACAUGCUGGACGAGUACUUGGAGAGUGAGGAGCAGCAGAUCAGCGAGCGCGCCCAAACCCUGGCGUCUACUCCCCAGGACGCCGUGGCCUACGAGCUUCCCGCCAAGAGCUCCAGCUACGUGAAGACGCUGGACAGUGUGCUCCGGCAGCGCUCGGCUCCCGCGCCCUGUGGCCUACAGCCGACGCCCUCAGCCUCUCCGGUGCCCAGCGUCUCCCCCGCCCUCUCUGAAGGCUUCAACGCGGAAACCAGCUCUGCCAUGCGCACUUCCACACUGGCGCUAAGAUUGUCCAAAUUUCUUCCUGACUUGAACAAUCCAGAAAUGGAAUCGGCCCAAUUAUCCAGUCCUGAAUUGACCCCCAAAUCGUCACCAGAAUCCGGCCGAAAACCGGGUGUGGUCCGUGCCGCAGACUACCCCGGGUUCACGAAGCAGCAGCUUAAACUGGUCGAGAUGGAGGCCGGAGCGCGGAACCAGGGCCUAAGAAGUACCGAGAUCACCCAGGAGAGACUGGCGCUGUCACUGACCGCGCUGCUCACUAAAUGGACGCAGCUCAACGACGUGUUCCGAGCAGCCAGUUUCAAAGGGAGCCCACCAGUGGCGUGCGGUCAGGACUUCUGUCGGCUGGGCUGUGUGUGCGACAGUGUGUACGGACACCACAAAGGCGCUCUCCGCGCCUCCUUCCACUGCCAGCGGCCUGACUGCAUGUUCGCCUGCAGCUGCUUGAAAGACACCAUGACCAAAAACCUGUUCACAGCAACGACCACUGCAGACCAGAGCUCAAAUCCGAUACUAUCAAAAUUACAUCCUCAAAAGUUGUGGAUAAAAAAAGAGCAGGAGUUGGACGACGAGCCACUGCAGAUCCCAGAGAUUACGAGCCUGGAACCUCCUGAAGACCUGGAGGAGCCCGACUUCCCACCAAAGGCAUUCAAACCUGCCAAACGACCUCCGCCCCCAGUGGUCCAAACACCUAAUGCAAUCUUCACCCAGAUCCGUGAAGAAGACAAAGACCCUGUGUACAAGUAUCUAGAGAGGAAACUGACCUGUGCCAGAAGCACCACAGAAAAGAUCAAAAGCAACAUAUUUGUGCUGAAAAAGAAAACAGGCGAGACAGUAGAAGACAAGAAGCGGCCGCGGACGCUGAUUGAGAUCCAGUCCAGCUGUAAGUGGGCCAAAGACGACCGGAAGAUGAUCCUCGAGGCUCUGUGUCUGAACAUGAACCGCAACAGACUAUGCCGGCCCUUCACCGUGGGCUCCUACUUCAUCAAACCUGUGGCUAAAGUGGUCGUUCAGAAGCCCAACGAGUGCGUGGUCACCUACAAGGUCCAUAUCAGUCUGAUGGUGCCUGUGGCAGUGGAUAGCAAUGACUCUGAGGAGGACCACAGUGAGGAUGAAGAGCACGUGAAGCAGCCUCAUGUCUCAGAAAGCGAGGAAGCCAAAGGCCGAUGGCCCGAGUUAACAGUGGGACACAUCCCAUUCCUCUCAGGCAUUCAACCUGCGGGGAUCCUCAAAGCCACCACUGCUCAGGGCGACAAGAGCUCCUCUGCUCUCAUACAGGUGAAUGGGAAGUUCUACAGCCACGCCCGACUGAAGCUGGGUACGAUGGGCUCGCUGCAUCCAGCCAAUCGUGUCGCAGCGUUCGUCACUGGUCGAUUGGCUGGCACCAGUAAUCUGUACAAGAAACCCUCCAGUCCUCCCCCAAAGCAAGCCCCAGAGCCUGACCCAGAUUCUACCCCAGAGCCAGCUCGAACUGUGACCAUCAACUCAGCCCUAAAGCCAGUCCCACAGACCAGCUCAGUCCCACAGACCAGCUCAGUCCCACAGACCAGCUCAGUCCCACAGACCAGCUCAGUCCCUCAGACUAGCAGAGUCCCACAGACCAGCUCAGUCCCUCAGACUAGCAGAGUCCCACAGACCAGCUCAGUCCCUCAGACUAGCAGAGUCCCACAGACCAGCUCAGUCCCUCAGACUAGCAGAGUCCCACAGACCAGCUCAGUCCCUCAGACUAGCAGAGUCCCACAGACCAGCUCAGUCCCUCAGACUAGCAGAGUCCCACAGACCAGCUCAGUCCCUCAGACUAGCAGAGUCCCACAGACCAGCUCAGUCCCUCAGACUAGCAGAGUCCCACAGACCAGCUCAGUCCCUCAGACCGGCCCCACAGUUCUCAAGAGGCCGUUGGUGACUCAGAUGUUGUCGUCAAUGAGGAUUCCAUCACGAACAAUACGAACAGGCAGGACGCUUCACCCCACUGAGGCCAACCGCACCGAGGCCAACCCCAUGCCACCCCCCGCUCCACCUGAGCCUGAGCCAAAGAAAUGGAGCAGCCCAUUCCAAAGCGACAGAGAGCUCUCAGUCACCGUCUCCCCUUCGCUCAAAACGGCCAGCUUCUUAUCCCAGAGAGGCUCCUACUCCUUCAGGAUCUGCCCCCCAGACAACGAGACCUGCAAGUUGCCCGGGGUGGCUCUACCUGGCGGCUUCACUCUCAUCCAGCUGCCCAAGCCGUCCCCGGACAGGAUACCCAACCUGGACCCGAACAACACCAAUAACCCGCUGUCACAGAUGAUCAGAAACGUACUUCAACGCAACAACGACGCGCCCAUAGUGAUCAGCGACGACUCGGGCUCCGAGUCCAGCGCCGGGUCCAGCUCCGGGUCCAGUUCCGAGUCGGACUUUACGGAGGACGAGGAUGACGAGGACCAAGAGAUUGACGUGGAUGAUGGACUGUCUUUUCGUGAGAAAAAUGGCUCAGAACCAGAAGAUCAAUUCAUGAUGGACAGACUUCGAAUUGCUGCCGGUUUGGGCCCGAAUCCAAACAGGACGUUUGUGCCAAGACGAUAUCCAAUGCAGAUGCUGAACAUGGAGGUUGGCUCAGAGAUGUUCCGCAGACACGAAAGGAAGUUUUCAGAGCGACAGCGGCGAAGUGAACAGAAGGAACUGUUCAACAAAAUGCAGGCUGUGGUUCUCCCAGACCACGACGGCCCGGCCCCCAAGAUCCAGAUCCUCAACACUGCCAUGGCAGAAAUCGAGGCUCUGACUGCGAGUGCCAGGCGGCUGAAGAAGCAGAAGCAGCUGCUGCGCCACCUGCAGGACGGAUACGUGCACAACAUCUCACUCAUGUCCGGCCAAUCAGAGGACGCUAUCCUGGAGAAGGUGAUCUCCAGCGCGGAAAAGGGGAACCGUGAUUCUCCAAAGCUGCAGCAGCACAAACCUGUCAAGCAGGAGGAGGAGUGUUUAUCAAUCAGCUCAGAAGAGCCAGUGCGCUCAGAGCCCUCAGAGGAGCAGCAGAGAGCCUCGGCACAAAUCCAGGCCACGGCCAAGAGCUUCCUCCAAUCCCUCCUCACCAAGCUCAAACCCAUCAUCCAUAACGCCAAGUUCUGCCACCAGGCCGCCAAGAAGAGCCGAGAGGAGCAGCAGAAGGCCCAGGGCAGGUCUGACCCUAGGCCCAGGUCCGACCCCAGGCAGGAUCCCAGUCCCAGGUCCGACCCCAGGCCGGAUCCCAGUCCCAGGUCUGACCCCAGUACUAGGUCUAACCCCAGUCCCAGGUCUGACCCCAUCCACAAGUCCAGACACCCACCUCCCGAUAAGCAAUCGCCCCUGCCAAAGCCUCCCACCUUGACCCUACCGCUCGUUCGCACCAAAGACGGGAGAAUCAUCCUACCUUCCAACAUGAAGCCAGAUCCCAAGACCUUCUACACGCUCUCUUUGUCCGAGGAUAGCGAAACACCCACCAUUCUCCUGAAACCACUGGAAUCAAACCCCAAUCAAUCCCAGUACAACUUCAAAAACCCUGACAAUCCAACCGCUUCCGCCAAACAACCAGCUUUGACCGACUCGCCACCUUCGCUGCCCGCAAAACUGAACCCGCCUCAACCGUAUGUGUUCAAAUCUCCUUUAGCAAACAUCGGAUACCUCAAUAAGACUUUCACAAAGCCAGCAGCUGCCUCCCCCGUUCCCACGCCUGUUCAAGUCAGUUCCAACCCAAAACCAGAAGAAAAAUUCCUCUACGUUCCUGCCGUCCCACCCAAGUACGCCUCCAAACCGUUGCACGUCCCGCAAACUUUGGUCACGCCUCCUCCUGCCAAGCGCGGGAGAGGCCGCCCGCGCAAAAACCCACUGCCCGAAUGCUACCAGCCGAGCCCGGUGGUGAAGGAAGACCCCGACUUCUCCCCGAAAACGUUCCAUACCGGUUUAUCGUCGGGAUUCAAGAGGCCAGCACCCGCCAGUUCGCAGACGGGGAAAAAGCGCAGGGGGCGGCCACCAAAGUGCGGGCAAACGGUGAGCCCCCGCGUGGAGCUGGAGUAUUUCCCGGGUCCGUUUUCGGAAGUGAAGAAGGAGGAGGAGGAGGAGUGGGACAUUGACAUCAGCAGCAUGCAUUACAGUGAGGCACAGCGCCACCGUACGCGCGCAUCCUUGGGCAAAGACUUCCCCAGCGCGAAGAGGCGAUCCUGGAUAGACUUGGAAAGCGAACUGGACGUUGAUAUUGAGUAG